AUGCUGGCUCUCCGACGACGUAACUGGGCCGUGGGAGCGGCGUGGCUUGCAAACGUAUUACGUUCCCAGGCAAGCAGCUCUCCGACGGCAUCCCGGCUGCGUUUAGGUCCGGCAUACUCAACAGCAGGAGUUGCUACUUCAGAAGAUUCGGCUGUCCCGCCUCUCCCACCAGCUCGUUGGUUGUCCGAUCUGCGAACGCGCAUCGGGAAGUGCAUCAUCUUCGGAUGCACCCAGUCGCAAAUUCGCGAAGCUGCCGGUGUCCUUCGGGUUCUCGCCACCGAAUGGCGGCAAUUGACUGCUGGCAGUGAGGGUUUCCUCACAGGACCCCGACGAGGACUAGAGGGACAGAAAGUGGCCUGGGGUGAGAUGGACUCAUUCGGCCAUGUCAACAACGUGAUCUACAGCCGAUAUGCCGAAACAGCACGGGUGAACUGGGUGGUGAACUUCGCUGUUCGGGUGGACCCAGCGCAUGGCACUUUGUGGUCUGGACUGAUGUCGACGCGUUCGGUGGGCUUGAUUAUGAAGAGCCUCAAGACGGAGUUCAAGUUUCCCAUGACUUAUCCAGACAGCAUUUCCGUAUACCACAAGCUCAGAGUGCCCCCGGCCACCAAUUCAACGUCGACAUCGCUGCUUCUCGACUGCAUGGUGCUGUCACAUCGUCAAAUGAGGAUUGCGGCAAGGACAUUUGAGGAUAUCGCGAUCUACGACUAUAGAGUGGCCAGGAAGACAGAGAUGCCCGAGUUUAUGCACAAUGUAUUAGUUGAUGUAUGGAGGCAACAGCAAGACGAGACGGUACGUGCACGCACAAGGAUAUGGGAGCUGGCCAGGGCAGUUGAGCAGCUAGAGAAGAAAACUUGGGACCGACCUGACGCAGUGGAGGAUGUUGGAAGCGCCGCAGGAGGGACGGCCAUCAUGUCUUAG